AUUGAUUCAUGCGUCUUCCUCCUAUCAGUAUUCACACAACCAGACCCCACGACCCAUUAAUCAAACCAACCUUUUCCUUAAAACAAUUGUCCCACAAAACCUCGUGGGAAAAAUAUGACUUCUUCCCCCCUUCCAGAACCCCUAAAUUAUUGUUUGCAUACAUUUCAAUUCCAACCCAUUUCUUCCUCUCUUAGCCGUCGUAUAACCCCUGUUUCUAGAAUGCCAUCUUUGACUUUUGACAAUUAUUCUUUCAUCAUACCAUAUAUGCAUUAUUUUACUUUCAAGUUUCAUCAUUUGCAGUCUCAACAAUCUCGUAAAAACAAACCCUUUUCUUGUUUUGGUUCAAUUCACACAAAUUCAUUUCCUUUAUUUGUAAAUAGUUGUUGUAAAUGUUCAGAUCAUGACCUCUGAUCAUUCAUCAUAUACUGUUGAAAUGAGUUCAGAUGAGCUCAAGACUGUUGAUUUUCAAUCCCAGAAGGAGAAAGAUGAGCCAGGGGGAUCAAACAGCUCAUCUUCUCACAGAAGCAUUUCGUCGAACACUUGGCGUGCCAAUUCAAUUAAAGAAGUUGGUGUGAUUGAGUUGGGAUCAAAGGGUGCAAGGUAUGGAUCUCGAAAAGGGGGUUCGAGUAGUAUGUCUAUGUCCAGAAGGGAGAUUAGUGAUGAGGAUUCUAGGAAGGUGUAUAUUAAUGAUCCGGUGAAGUCGAAUGAAUCGUUUGACUUUUCUGGUAAUUCGGUUAGAACAAGCAAGUAUUCGGUUCUAACGUUCUUGCCUCGGAAUCUAUUCGAGCAGUUUCACAGGGUUGCAUAUGUUUAUUUCUUGAUAAUUGCUAUUCUUAACCAGCUUCCACAGCUUGCAGUGUUUGGAAGAUUUGCUUCCAUAUUACCGUUAUCCAUGGUGUUGUUAGUUACUGCUAUUAAAGACGGUUAUGAAGACUGGAGGCGACACCGGUCAGAUCGAAUAGAAAACAAUCGAUUGGCGUCUGUUUUAGUAAACGGUACAUUCGAGCAUAAGAAAUGGAAAGAUAUUCAGGUAGGCGAGAUCAUCAAAUUUUCCGCAAAUGAAACCAUUCCUUGUGAUAUAGUGCUGCUUUCGACCAGUGAUCCGACAGGUGUCGCUUACAUCCAGACUAUUAAUCUAGAUGGCGAAUCGAAUCUUAAGACGCGAUACGCCAAACAGGAGACCCUAAGAAGCAAUGAAGUUGAAAGGAUUAGUGGAGUUAUUAAGUGUGAAAAGCCCAAUCGAAACAUAUACGGUUUCUUGGGGACUAUGGAGAUCGAUCAGAAGCAGGUGUCGCUCGGGCCAUCAAACAUUGUUCUUCGUGGCUGUGUGCUGAAGAACACGAGUUGGGCGGUAGGAGUUGUGGUGUAUACCGGAAUGGAAACCAAAGUUAUGCUUAAUAACUCCGGUGCACAGUCGAAAAGGAGUCAUCUUGAGGACCGAAUGAAUCGAGAAAUUAUCUAUUUGUCGUUCUUUCUAGUUGCGUUAUGCUCGAUUGUCUCGAUUCUUGCGGGUAUUUGGUUAAGGCGGCAUAGAGAUGAGCUGGAUAUCAUGCCGUUUUACAGAAGAAAAGAUUACUCCGGUGAAGAUGUUGAUAAUUACAAGUACUACGGAUGGGGAUUGGAGAUUUUCUUCACAUUUCUUAUGUCGGUUAUUGUAUUCCAGAUUAUGAUACCGAUUGCUUUAUAUAUAUCGAUGGAGCUCGUGCGCCUUGGUCAAGCUUACUUCAUGAUCAGGGAUGAUAACAUGUAUGAGGAAUCGACAGACUCGAGAUUCCAGUGUCGGGCGUUGAAUGUGAACGAGGAUUUGGGACAGGUAAAGUAUGUUUUCUCGGAUAAAACGGGUACGUUAACUGAAAACAAGAUGGAGUUUCAAUAUGCUAGCAUUUUCGGCGUUGAUUACAACGGGGAGAAAACAGAUUUUUAUGGAGAACAAGGUGGAUAUUAUGCUAAAGUGGACGGGUUAAUUUUGAGGCCAAAAAUGGCGGUACAGGUGGACAAGGAGCUGGUUCGGUUAUUAAGAACUGGAGACGACGUAAAGAUUGGCAAACCGAUAUAUGAUUUCUUUCUUGCAUUGGCUUCUUGCAACACAAUUGUUCCGAUUUUGGUGGAUACAGCUAAUCCUGCUGAGAAAUUGAUCGAUUACCAAGGGGAAUCUCCCGAUGAACAGGCACUUGUUUAUGCUGCUGCUGCUUACGGUUUUAUGCUUAUAGAACGUACCUCUGGCCAUAUUGUUAUCGACAUUCUUGGAGAUAGACAAAGGUUUAAUGUUCUUGGAAUGCACGAAUUCGACAGUGAACGGAAACGGAUGUCUGUUAUUCUAGGAUGUCCCGACAGCACGGUAAAAGUAUUCGUUAAAGGUGCCGACACAACUAUGUUUACCGUUAUAGACAAAUCAAAAAACACAGAUGUAGUAACAGCAACCGAAAGCCAUCUACAUGCAUACUCUUCUGUCGGUUUAAGAACACUUGUUAUGGGAAUGAAGGGUUUAAGUCCUCAUGAAUUCGAGCAAUGGCGGACUUCUUACGAAGCUGCAACCAAUGCUUUAAUGGGCCGGGCUCGUAUACUUAAAAAAGUUGCCAUGAAUCUAGAGACCAAUCUUAGCAUAUUGGGAGCUUCUGGGAUUGAAGAUAAAUUGCAACAAGGUGUACCGGAAGCAAUUGAAUCUCUACGAAUGGCGAAUAUAAAAGUGUGGGUUUUGACGGGUGAUAAGCAAGAAACUGCGAUUUCGAUCGGAUAUUCUUCGAGGCUGUUGACUAGCAAGAUGACUCAGAUUAUAAUAAACAAUAAUUCUACAGAAUCGUGCAGAAGGAGUUUGGAAGAGGCGUUGAUUAUAUCUCGAAAAGCUACAACUUCUGGAGAAAAUGCAAAACCGCUUGCGUUGAUCAUUGACGGAACAAGUCUUGUAUAUAUUCUUGAUUCUGAACUUGAAAAGCAGUUAUUCGAGUUAGCCAGUAAAUGUGCUGUGGUACUAUGUUGUCGAGUGGCUCCACUGCAAAAAGCCGGAAUCGUCAUGCUGAUAAAGAAAAGAACCAAUGACUUAACCCUUGCAAUUGGCGACGGUGCUAAUGAUGUGUCAAUGAUCCAAAAGGCUGAUGUCGGAAUCGGCAUCAGUGGCCAAGAGGGCCGCCAAGCUGUCAUGGCGUCUGAUUUUGCGAUGGCACAGUUCCGGUUUCUGGUCCCGCUUUUGUUGGUUCAUGGUCAUUGGAAUUACCAACGAAUGGGCUACAUGAUACUCUACAAUUUUUACAGAAAUGCAGUGUUCGUCCUUGUUUUAUUCUGGUAUGCACUGUACACUGCUUUCACGUUAUCAACGGCUAUUAACGAAUGGAACAGUGUAUUAUAUUCUGUAAUCUACACAUCAGUACCCACAAUCGUUGUUGGAAUUCUCGAUAAAGAUCUUUCUAGAACAUCUCUGUUAAAGUAUCCUCAGCUUUACGGGUCUGGACAGAAACAAGAAAGCUACAACGGGAAGUUGUUUUGGCUCACUAUAGCAGACACGGUGUGGCAAAGUGUUGUGGUUUUCUUUGUUCCCUUACUAGCGUACAGGAAAACCGACGUUGAUGGUUCAAGUAUUGGUGAUCUUUGGACACUAGCGGUCGUGUUCUUAGUUAACCUUCACUUAGCCAUGGAUGUAAACACGUGGAACUGGAUCAUUCACGCGUCAAUAUGGGGUUCAUGUGUUGCAACCAUUAUCUGUGUUAUCAUCAUUGAUGUUAUCCCCAUCUUGCCCGGAUACUGGGCAAUCUUUCAUCUUGCAGGCGAUGGAAAGUUCUGGGUUUGCUUAAUCGCGAUCAUUGUAGCUUCUUUGGUCCCACGCUUUGUUGUAAAAACAUUGGUUCAACAUUAUGGACCGAGUGACAUUCAAAUCGCGGGGGAGGCUGAGAAACUUGAGGAUCAAAUCGAGUUAAGAAAUGCAGAAAUAGAAAUGAACCAGCCUCAGAGGUGAAAUGUUUUUGUUUUAGUUGUAUGUUAUUCCUUCAUUUAGUGUGUUCAUUUUAUUAAAUUCUUUAGGUUGCUAGAGAUGUGUUCUCUUGCUGUGCCUGUUUUGUGUAGUUUUCUUCUGUCCUAAGGACAGAACAUAUAAGUUUUUGAGGUUUUGUACUUAGUUUUGAUCAUUAUUUAAGCAUGUCACUUGGACUUGCAUGUAUAGUAAAACAUCAUUGUUUACGACAUAAAGUUCGAUCCUUUUCAUAA